CGUGAUGACGUAGAAAUGCAGCGCCGCCCGGAGACCAAAAAAAGAACUCACUAGCACGCCAGGCUUAUCUUGUUUUGAAAAGGCUUAAACAGGCAAUUACGGAGCUAUAUCGUGUCCAAUGCUUUCCGCGUUGGAUGGUGAAGAAACAAACUUAUUGCCAAAUCAUCACUCCUUUUUUACACGAGCCACGGAUCCGUUUCCCUCGCCAUGGUAGAUGAUGACGAGUUAUUCUCCUCACAUCGGACCAAAGAGGACAUGGAUAUCAAUGGCGAGCUCUUACCCCCUGACGGGCUGUGCUGGAUAUCAGUGUUUUCUUGCUUACUACUCGCAUGUUCCUACGUUGGGAGUUUAUAUGUAUGGAGAAGUGACCUACCAAGGGAUCACCCAACGGUGAUCAAGAGGCGCUUCACAAGUGUGCUGAUAGUGUCUGCGCUGUCACCUGCUUUUGUGUGGACAUGGAAGGAAUUCACAGGUGUAAGGCCAACUCCCUCCUUGCUGGCUCUGAUGGGGAUCCGCUUUGAGGGGCUCAUUCCGGCCGUCAUACUUCCCCUGCUGCUCACCAUGGUACUCUUCCUAGGCCCUCUCACCCAGCUGGCCAUGGACUGUCCCUGGGGCUUCUUGGAUGGUUUACGGGUAGCCCUUGACCCGUGGUUCUGGAGCCUGUGUGCCAGCGACAUGCGCUGGCUGAGGAACCAGGUGGUGGCCCCCCUCACGGAGGAGCUGGUGUUCAGGGCCUGCAUGCUGCCCAUGCUGGUGCCGUGCGCCGGCCCCUCCCUCGCCGUCAUCACCUGCCCCCUCUUCUUUGGCGUGGCCCACUUUCACCACGUCAUCGAGCUGCUGCGCUUCAGACAAGGGACUAUCUCUGGGAUCUUCCUCUCUGCAGUGUUCCAGUUUUCCUACACAGCGGUGUUUGGGGCCUACACUGCCUUCAUCUUCAUCCGAACUGGGCACCUGAUCGGGCCCGUGAUGUGCCACUCCUUCUGCAACUACAUGGGCUUCCCGGCCGUCAGCGCGGCCCUGGACCACCCCCACCGCACCACCGUGCUGGCCUGUUACCUGCUGGGCGUGGGCCUGUUCUUCCUCCUCCUCUUCCCCAUGACGGAGCCCGCCUACUACAGCCCGCCCACCCCCGUCUGCACCCUGGCCCCCCGCCUCACCUCGCUGUGUUCGUCUUGAGCCCCGCCUCCCGGCCCUGCCCCCUCCCCCGGCGGUCUAGGCUGGGUCUUGGGUCUUGGAUCCGGCCCGGUGGGGACGGCUUAGCCCUGGAGCCCUCCUCCGGUGCCGGCCUAUCCACCAAGGGGGGCAGGGGUGUGAGACGGACAUGCUACGUGCUACGGGCUACCGACCAGGGAAGCCUAGCAAAGCGGUGGUGGUAGCGUCCCCGUCGUGGGGGCGGGGUGGAUCACUCUGGUGUGGAAGCCCAGGCCCGUCGGUUGGUAACAUUGACCGGUGCUACUGACGAGCUGCAGCCUUCUGGACACAUGACGGUUGGCUAGGGGGACAUGGUGGGUUGGGAGUGUUACCGUGCAAAUACUGCAACUGUUAUUGCGGUUGGUAUUUCCGUUGGUAUUGGCUAAAAGAGUGCAGGGUUCGUGUGGCCGGUCGCAUCACUAGGCAUUCGUUUUGUGAUGGAAUGGAAGUGUUUGUUGUCUAGAGUAACCCCCCCACUAUUUGUUUGAGUUGAACCACACCUAUGUUUGCUGCUCUCUAAUGGGGACCAAUUUUAAAGCUACAUUAUACAUCCAUUUGAUUCCAAUAAAUAAACAGUCAUCCAAAGGAUUAAGUUCGAAAUUUAAGAAGCAGGCCAUUGUAUUUUUUACACUUUUUUUUUUCUGUGAGUUCAGAACACAGGUGAUGGAUUCUGGCCCCAGAUGGCAGCAAACUCACAGGCAAAGUAACCACCACGACUAGUUGCAGCUGAAGUCCCGUUUGCCAAUUUAUUCACCCCUUGCUGUUCUCCACAUUUCUUUUCGAGGUACUUCUGUAGUCGGCCAACAACACAACAACAAUACACCCAGCCCCCCCAAAGCUUUCGAUUUGCCAAAUUGGCAUUGUGUGUGUGCGUGUGUGUGCACGCACGUGUGUGUGCGGGCCUGGGGGUCUGAGGGUCUUUUAGUUCAUUUGUUUUACGGUGGUUUCAUAAAAUAACUAGUUGUGUGGGUGGAAUUGUUCCUUCAAAAAAAUAAAGUGUUCAAAUGUGUACUAGAAUGGGGAAGCUCAGAUGUAGGUCACUGGCGACAUGGACUCUCUAAACCACUUCGUUCGCAUGCUGCUACAGACCAUAAUUGCAAUACAGAUUAGGGGGAAAUCCCCAAGUGCUUGUGCUGAUGACAUUAACAUUUUUAAAGAACGAAGUUUGAAUUGCCAACAUUUCCUUGUGUAGAAUUGAAAUAUGUCUGAUCGGGUAUUUCCACAAUGUCCCCCGUUACAUUCGGUUUCUUAAAAGUAAAUGUUGGGAUUGUUGAAUUCCUCCAUCUUUUUGCUUUUGGUUGUGGAUGCUCUCAACUAGAACGCAUAACACGAUCAUAUUAUUUACCCAUGGUGUACAAGUCUCGACGAUAUGUAAAUGUAGGCUUCUCUGAGCGGGUGUUUCGCUGACCACUGUGCAAUGUAAACGCUCUGAGCUUGAAAUCUGAGUAUUUUUUUAUUGUUAUUUUGUUUAUAGCAAUAAAUGAUAGCGUGUUCUAGGCUAGUGGGAUAGAACUACAAGUGAGAAGUAGAAAUGGUAGCAACAAUGCUGUGUAUGGUGCUUUUGGUGUUGGGCUGCACUUGCUUUGUCUCUCCACCAGAGGGCAACAUAGUUACGUGUCUUUGGUAGAGGCCCUCUUGUGUGAAGGGCCCCUGCAAUUUGACUUUGGCUCAGUCAACCAUCGCUGCAACAAAAUACACUUGACUCCCCAUGUGCUUUUAUAUUUGUAGAUAAUUGUUUCUGGAUUUCCUCUGGCUAGAUCCCAAUAGAGUAGAUUGACGCAUAGAUGAGUGAAUGCAUCAAUCUACGAGCUCGCCUCGAUCUCUGACAUCACUCUUCUCGCUGCUCUCCGUGAUCACAUGAUCAGGGUGCUACAGUAGGACACCAAAUGGACUCGGUCUCCCUUUCUACAUUUCUCUUCCCCAACAUUCACAGAUCCCAAAUUUGGUGGUUGACGUAUGAAUUCACGUAGUGACAAAGUAGGCAAUGCUUGCAUCCGACUGUAUUUUUAUCAUCCUCGGUCCCCACCUCGUUUCAGGGAGAGCGGAUGCUUUCUGGGCAGCUACUUGAUGAAUUGCAUAUUACAGAAUCCUGUUCUGUGCCUGCGACAAAGUAUGAAUCUUAACGUGGACUAGAUUAACAUUACAAUGCAGGCGAGGUCGUCAGAACUCUCCACUGGUCUGUGACUGUGCUCAACAGCUGUUGGACGUCACAUUUAUCACCCGUCAAAAUGUGCUUUUAAUUCUGUGAUAUUUAGCUGCUUUUGAAUUGAAUUUUAUAUUUAAAAAAAAAAAAAAAAAGCUUCUGUUCCUAACUUGAGUUUGACGUGAAAUGUAUGACACUGGGUGUGUGGCGUCAUCACUCCCCCUUGUGCUGAACAAAGACACCGGCAUAUUUAUCUUCUGCAGAACAGUCUUCAUUUUAAUAACCAUGCAUCAUCUGCAUAUACGCUGAACGGACACAAGAAUCUAUUUUUGCUAAGUUAUAUUCAGCGCUGCAGUUUUAGUUUCCAACUACCAGAAUACGAAUGGCUAAACAUGCAUUUUGACCACGACAGAGAUUUAUAAUUGGCCAUAAUUAUAAAUAGCGAACCUCACAGAUAUUUGUACGAACGCUAUAUUUUGUAGUCAAAUCUAUUUUGGAGAAUGUGAACAGAUUGUACAGACAUCUCUGCGUGUGUUUUACGUUCACGUGCCACAGUUGCACAAUGCAAUCAUCCCGUUGGUCAGAAAGCCUGUUUUAAUAUGCCACUCUUUUACAGUCUUGGACAUCUCAUACUGUAACAAGGUGAAACAUUUGUAAAUAAAAACAAAACGUUUCAGAGAAAUUUGCUUUCUGUUACUUUCACCGCAGAGACUACACUAAUAAGUCUGACAUUAAUAAACGAUGUUUUCACAUGG